GGAAGUGGAUGGCUUGCCAGUGCCCUCAGACAUGGGUAUGAUUAGCACACCUUCCAGGCAGCCAGCAAAAACCCUUCCACUGGAUCUGCUGAGGUAUUGCACAAGGAAGAGAUUCGUUAGACGCCAGGAAGAAGAAACUGCUGGUUUUGGGGGACAGACCGUCUUCUCUUCUGUAAGGAGAUGGACUUUCAGGGAACGAAGUCUGUCAAAGCCUGAAGUCUCCAAGCGACAAGCAGCCCACUAUGGCCUCCCAGGAAUUCGAUCAUACUGGACCGGGGGCCUCAGGACGUAGUACCUCGCCAGGCAGCCACAGAGAGGAGACUGAUGGUCCUGCUUAUCAUCUCCUGGAUGGAUCACAGGAUGUUCAGAGAGGAGUACUGCAAGCCCUCGGGGCCCUCCAGAUCCUGAAUGGAAUACUGAUUCUGGCUCUGGGUGUUUUACUGAGUUGUUUAGAGCAUUUGUCUUCCCACUUCAGGCAUUUCUUCUUCUUCACCUUCUACACAGGCUAUCCACUCUGGGGUGCUGUGUUUUUUGUCUGCUCAGGAUCCUUGACGGUUGUAGCAGGGAGAAAGCCUACAAGGAUGCAGAUGCAAAACAGUUUUGGGAUGAACAUUGCCAGUGCGACAAUUGCAUUUGUUGGAACUGCUUUUCUCUCUGUACAUUUGGCACUCAAUGCCCAGGCACUCAAGAGCUGCCAGUCUUCACAGUCACCUGACCUAUGCAUUUACCUGGGUUCCUCAUCAGAUGGCCUGGUGUCUCUGAUGCUGAUCCUCAUCCUGCUGGAGCUGGCCAUGACCAUUUCCAUCUCCGUCAUGUGGUGCCUAGGAAAUGUCUGUGGUUUACGAGAGGCAGUUUCUUCACCUCCUAAUUCUGCGGAAUCGGGAAUAGCUCCUGAUGGAAGUGAUUCGGAGAACCUGAACACUCAGCCUUAACUCACCAAAGACUGAGAGCUUCACUUGAGAACCCAGGAGAGAAUAGCAGAAGAAAUGCAAUCUUUCUGUCACGGCACAAUUCAUGAGAAAACUGGGCACCUGUUCCAAUCCUUUCUGCCAUCUCUGUAAAUUCACUAGGUGUUCUAGAUCUUUAUGAAUAAAUGUAUUUCCUUAGA